AUGUCUUCCACUGCCGCCGCCGCCACCGCCGCCGUCGCGCCGACCUCUGUCGCUCCCGUCGCCGCGGUGCCGGCCCUUGCUUCUGCGUCGCCGUUUCUCGCCUCGCAGCCUCUUGCGAUGGCCUAUGGCGCCUCUCCAUCGCCCCACUCCCUGAUCGGAUCGGGUGAUCGCGCGGCCUCCUCGAGGGUCGCGGUGCCAUCUGGCACUGAUUCUUCUACGGGCGGUGUCCUUGCGCCGCACCAUGGUGGGCCGCCGCCAGCGUCGUCCUGGCCGGCGCCGCCCCAACACGACGUGGCGCCGCCCCCACAUCAGCUCUAUGGUGCCCCGCCGUCGCCUCACUACUACGGUGCGCCGCCGCCGCCACACUACCCGGCGCCACCCCAGCCCUACUUGGCGCCCCAGCCGAACUCCUACCCGGCGCCGCACUCCUACCCGGCGCCGAUCCACCACUACCCGGCGCCAUCGCAGCAGCCGCCAGGGCUGCCGCUCCCUCGCUGCAUGGGGCUCUGGUCUCGGCAUCCUACGGGGCCCUAG